AGGGCGAGACAGGGACGGGUCGACGGCAGAAAUCUCUCACUGACACAGAACAAACUCUCCACAUGAGAAGCCUGGAAGCCAUCUGAGACCACAGAGAGACAAUAAUGAAAAGAGACAAACUGAGCUUCAUACUGGUGAAGGGCAUGAGAUGAAAGAGAGAGACGGAGAGGGAGCAUGACAUGAAGUACGGGCGAGUCAGUCAGACACACAGAGGAGAGAGCAGACUAGUUUUGCUGGACUCCAUGGCAACAGAUGCUGAUGUGUGUCUGAUAACAGAUGAAGCGUCAGUCAGUAAGUUCACAUUUUUGCGUGUUUCAUUCUGAUCUCAUCAUCAGGUAAAUGUUGUGUCUUCAUACAUUCAUCUCUUCCUCUCGGAGUCUCAUCUCUCGGAGUCUCUUACUGAUGGUUUUCUCAUUUUCAAUGUUUCUGUUGUUGUUUGACAUGAUCAGUACAUUCACUCUCACCUCAUGUUAAAGUAAACUAGUGCUCCACGCUGAUUCCACAUUACAUCAAAUAUCUUUGCUCUCUGGGUUGUUGUAAUGUAAAUGUGAUGAAAACCAUCAUUCAAGAAGAAAAGUAGAACAUUUUGAUGACAUUUAUGUUUACAUUUACAGAUAUUUUUAUGGUGUUUUGGUGUAGCAAACGACUCUUCUGUUCUGUUCUCUCCCUUCAGACUGCGACUCAUCAUGGAAGAGACUCCAGACCGCUGGAGGAUCACCAGAGUUAGUGAUGCUGUCAGAAAGCAUCAUGUAGUCUCCCUCCGGCCCGCUCCUCUCUUCCGUUUGGUGGGUCUGACGGGUCCGUCCGCUAGUUUACCCCCCCACCGUCGCCUGCGUUCGGUCGUGCACGACACCCCAAACACAUCCACCGCUGCUGGUCCAUCUGAUCAUCUGUGGACGGGACGUCCCGGCCCUCAACCUCGCACAAACCCAUUCUCUGCUUUUACUGGAAAAACACAAGAGAAACCUCUGGCGGUGAAUAAAACAUCUAAUUUACAAACUCUACCUCAAAAAUGUCCUAAAAGAUUGAAAGAGAAAGACAGAAAGGUUGAUGGUUCACGCUGGCAUCACAGCGACAUCACAUCUCGUGAAAGACAGGAAGACACAGAAUAUUUCUAUGAAGAAGUUUGGAGGGGAGAGAGACAGAAAGUGAGAUGGACGAGAAUAAAUAGAACUAAAAGAAUCAACACAGAUCAAGUUCCAGACAUCAGUCAGAGAAUACAGAGUUUAGAAAUAACAGACAGGGCAGAAUCACACCAGAGCCGCUCGAUCGGUCAGAUGAAGUUCAAACCGAGGGGGCGUGGCAACAGGGCAGUCCCUUUAGGUAAAGGGGAGGAGUCAACAAGAAGAGACCGACGCCCACACUUCUUACCGCCCUUAACUCAAAGAGACUGUCUGCUGAACGUCCCUCUGACGCUUCCGGAUAAUUCACCUCCUCCAUCACCCUGUUCUCCAUCAGACGUCCUGUUCCUCCCGCUGUCUGUUCCUCACAUCCAGCCAUUCCCACUGAGAGCAGAGACACACGAGUGACCUUUGAACCUGAGAUUCAGUCUGACACAGAGUGUGUUUGUGGUCAAUACCAGCUACACAUGAACAUGUGAAGAGUGUUCGAGUUAAAUUGACUUUCAUUAAUCAGAGAGUCAGGAUAAAGACGGCAAAUGUACAAACAUUCACCUAAAUACAAAGACAAAAUUCAAACUUGCAUUCAGCCAAUAAGAAAGUCGGUUUGGCGUCCACCAAUCAAAUAACACGUCAGGUAAACGUUCAUGUAUCAGGCUGAUAGCAUCUGUCCAUAUGAUAAACCUAGAAAACCAAAUAAAAGCUGCAUGUACCAAUACAUAAAAAUAGCGUAAAAUAAAGUUACAAAUACACUUAGCCUACACUGUUGAAAAAAAUGUAAUUUUACAGGUAAUGGUCUGUAUUAUUUUACAGAAUUUUUCCUUUUUUCCAUUAAAAUGUUAAUGCCUGUUAUUUAUGGAUUUUUGCUCUACUA